AUGGAUGAUGGGGACAAGUCUCUGGUGAGCAGCGAAAUACUACCUGAAACAUCGGGAACCGACCCAUCGUUUAUCGGCUCAGGAAUCCAUGCCAGUGCAAGCGCCCCCGUCAUCGUGAGCAUGGUCGCUGGCUGCUUCCUAUUGCUUCUCAUACCACUUGUUGUGUUCUACCUCAGAAAACGAAUAUGCAACGUCGAUGGCAAAGUAAAACCGCGUGUACGACCAGGCGAGCCUCUGCUUGCUGAACGGUAUAUAACGAACCCUCAGUACGGCGUGUGCGGAGCGGCGCCGGUGGCCACGCUGGGGACAGCGCCGGGGUCGCCAGCACCGAUUCAUGCCAGCGAAACCAACGAGCCCCAAGUAACCCUGCUAGAACGUAGCGCCCUCACAUUCCUAGAAGAAGUUGGUGAAGGAUGUUUCGGCAAAGUCCAUAAAGGUGUUCUGCGUAUUAACAAUGGUGAACAAGUUGUAGCUAUAAAAGUAUUGAAAGACAAUGCCGGUCGCACUGCAGAAGAAGAUUUCGUCAGAGAGGUGUCUAUAAUGUCCGCGUUCCGUCAUCCAAAUAUUUUAAGUUUAGUUGGAGUAGUGUAUAGAGAUGAUAUAAACGCAAGUCCUUGGAUGGUAUUUGAAUAUAUGGAGUGGGGGGACUUGGCAGGUGUUUUAAGAGGAUCCAGAGGUGGCGGGAGAGCUGGACCCACCUUAGUUGAAUCUGCAUUACUUCACAUAGCCCUACAAGUAGCGCAUGGCAUGCAAUAUCUAGCUUCAAAACGUUUUGUACACAGGGAUUUAGCAGCUAGAAAUUGCUUGGUGGGAGCUAAUCUAGCUGUUAAAAUAGCUGACUUCGGCAUGUCCCGUGAUGUGUACACAUGUGAUUAUUACAAGAUGGGUGGUGAACGUCCAAUGCCAGUCCGAUGGAUGUCCCCAGAAAGUAUAGUCUAUGCACGCUUCACUCACGAAUCCGAUGUCUGGUCUUACGGAGUUGUGCUUUGGGAAAUUUACAGUCGUGGAAAGCAACCAUAUUAUGGUUGUAAUAAUGACGAUGCUACUAAACGUAUCAUCAACGGAAUACUAUUAGUCCCUCCUGAAGAUUGUCCGCAUUUCGCUUGCAGGCUAAUGAGGGAAUGUUGGGCAACAGAUCCUCGGAAUAGGAUUAGCUUUGAUGAAAUAUGUAAAAAACUAGAAAUAGCCGCAGCGGCAAGUGGAAGUAAUACUCAAAUAAGAUUACCCCGACCUCCUCCUCCACCUCAAGAUUCAACUGGAUAUUUAAUUCCUACUAAGCCAUCGUGCAAUGCAGAAUAUUUAAAACCUCUUCCCGACUUAGAUCCUGAUUUGGAAUCCAGUGAAGAUGAGGACAUUGAUGACUACACUUGACGUCCAGCUUCAAAACCAGAGUCUCAGUAUGUGCCGCGCACUUCGCCCCUGGCUGCCCAAAAAUUUACAACCUUCACAUUUUUAUCUCAAGAAAACAUCGAACAAUUUGACUGUUAAUUGUGUAACGGCUGAUUCGUGAAGGAAAUACUCAACUAUGUUAGUGUGAUAUUGUAUAUAAUAUAGUUAAAUAUUAAUGUAUGUCUAUGAAUUAAAGUACCAGUAAUAAGAGCAUACGUAUAUGUAUGAAUUAAAUGUGCCAUACAAUUACCAAAAAAUGAUUGAAUAAAACGAUUUCAUUGGAUAUGGAAAUUCAUAUAAAUAAUUGUAUAUUUAGGCUACAGUACUUUGUAAAAUGGUGGUUAUAUUAUGGAUAUAAAAUUUUAUCUGAUCUGAAUAUGUACCUAAGAAAUCAAUAAUUUAAUAAUUAUUUACCUAUUACGUUAAUACUGCGGGUAAAAAAUAUUUAUUUAUAAUUAAAUUGUAUAGUUGUAUGUUAUAAUAUUAAAUUUACAUGUUAAAUCUGUAACGAUGUUUAAUAAAAUUAAUAAUUGCAAUUCAUUAUACAUGUUUGUGUGAAAUUGUUGAUUAAUUGUAAUAAGUAUUCAGCAUUCAAUUAAUAUGGCAAAACCCGAUUUGUAAAUUUUAAACGUAUUAUUAUACGAUUAUAUAUUUUUAUAGUACCUAACCAGCAACUCAUAAAGUUGCUGCUUCUGAAUUGUCUUCACCAAAAAAUAGUUUUUAAAAGUAUUCCUAAAAUUUGAUUGAUUUGUUAGUAUCGGUAUAAAUAUGAUUGCAUAACAUUUUGUGCUUAAAUUAGUCAAAUAUUAAAAUUAUAUAACUAUAAAGUCAAUAUAUAUAUAGUAUGACAACGUAAACAUACCUAAACAUAAGUAGGUAAUAACAAGAUGCAUACUGUGCCAAUUUGUAUAAAUCUAUGAAAUGUACAAAAUGUAUCUGAAUUUUGGAAUAAAAAUUAUAUAAUAUAAUAUAAUCAAA